AUGGCGACUACAUCGAACAUGUUCCUCUACUCGCUGACGAUUCAGCCGCCAACAAACAUCGUCCAAGCAGUUCUGGGGCAGUUUGCUGGCACAAAAGAGCAGCUCAUCAUCACUGGCUCCGGCUCCCAGCUGACUCUUCUGCGUCCUGAUCCAGCGCAAGGCAAGGUCAUUCCUUUGCUUUCCCACGAUAUCUUUGGAAUUCUGCGCUCAAUUGCAGUUUUUCGACUAGCUGGAAGCAAUAAAGACUACAUCAUCCUCGCCACCGACUCCGGUCGCAUCGCGAUUAUGGAGUAUCUUCCCGGUCCGAAUCGUUUCAGUCGCCUGCAUCUUGAGACGUUUGGUAAAACGGGGAUUCGCAGAGUUGUGCCCGGCGAGUACCUGGCAUGCGAUCCCAAGGGAAGAGCUUGCCUGAUAUCUGCUGUCGAGAAGAACAAGCUCGUAUAUGUUCUCAACCGCAACUCGCAAGCAGAACUCACAAUCUCGUCCCCGCUUGAGGCACACAAACCUGGCGUGCUGGUCAUCGGCAUGAUCGCUCUUGAUGUUGGCUACGCCAACCCUGUCUUUGCCGCCUUGGAGAUUGAGUACACCGAAGUAGACCAAGAUAGCACGGGAGAAGCUCUGUCUGAGGUCGAGACCCAGCUAGUAUAUUACGAACUAGACCUUGGACUCAACCACGUUGUGCGAAAGUGGUCCGACCCUGUUGAUCCCACUGCUUCUGUCCUCUUUCAGGUUCCGGGAGGCAAUGACGGCCCCAGUGGUGUUCUGGUCUGCGGUGAAGAGAAUAUCACAUACCGCCAUUCAAACCAAGACGCUCUGCGCGUGCCGAUCCCUCGCCGGCGAGGUGCCACUGAAGACCCUUCCCGGAAACGCAAUAUUGUGGCUGGCGUCAUGCAUAAGCUGAAAGGAAGUGCUGGUGCUUUCUUUUUCUUACUGCAGACCGACGAUGGCGACCUAUUCAAGGUCACAAUCGACAUGGUCGAGGACGAAGAGGGAACGCCAACCGGUGAGGUGCAGCGGAUGAAGAUCAAGUACUUCGACACGGUGCCAGUAGCCACGAGUCUAUGCAUCCUGAAGAGCGGCUUCCUCUACGUUGCCAGCCAGUUUGGUAACUACGCUUUCUACCAAUUCGAAAAGCUGGGUGAUGACGAUGAAGAGCUGGAGUUUUCGAGCGAGGACUUCCCCGUCGACCCACUGGCUGCAUACGAACCUGUCUACUUCUAUCCCAGACCAGCAGAGAAUCUGGCUCUUGUCGACAGUAUUCCCGCCAUGAACCCUCUGCUAGACUGCAAGGUAGCCAAUCUGACAGGCGAGGACGCUCCGCAGAUUUAUACCAUUUGCGGUAACGGCGCUCGAAGCACAUUUAGAACUCUCAAGCAUGGCUUGGAAGUAAACGAGAUUGUCGCCUCUGAGCUUCCUGGUGUUCCCUCCGCCGUUUGGACCCUCAAGCUGAACAGCGAUGAGCAGUACGACGCAUACAUUGUUCUGUCCUUUACGAACGGCACCCUAGUCCUCAGCAUCGGCGAGACAGUCGAGGAAGUGAGCGACUCGGGUUUCCUUACCAGUGUACCCACCAUUGCAGCCCAGCUUCUCGGAACGGACGGUCUUAUACAGGUACACCCCAGGGGCAUCAGGCACAUUCGCAACGGAAAUGUGAAUGAGUGGUCAGCCCCUCAACACAGAUCCAUCGUUGCAGCAUCAACAAACGCACACCAAGUGGCUAUUGCCCUCAGCUCUGGCGAAAUUGUCUACUUUGAAAUGGACUCGGACGGGUCUCUCGCAGAAUACGACGAGAAAAAGGAAAUGUUCGGCACCGUCACAGCCCUCAGCCUUGGUGAAGUCCCUGAAGGCCGUGUUCGCAGCUCUUUCCUCGCUGUCGGCUGCGAUGAUGCUACCGUCCGUAUCUUGAGUCUAGACCCAGAGACAACUCUCGAGAAUAAAUCUGUCCAAGCGUUGACUGCUGCACCGACAUCUUUGGCCAUCAUUCCUAUGGAUGACUCGUCAUCUGGCGGGUCAACACUCUACUUGCAUAUUGGUCUUCAUUCUGGCGUCUAUCUUCGCACCGUUCUAGAUGAGAUCACAGGAGAAUUGACCGAUACAAGGCAAAAGUUCUUGGGGCCCAAGCCCGUCCGACUAUUCCAAGUCACUGUCGGCGGCCGUACCUGUGUUCUGGGACUUAGCUCCCGUCCUUGGCUCGGAUAUGCUGACCCCAUAACAAACAGUUUCGAGAUCACACCCCUAAGCUACGUUGACCUUGAAUGGGGCUGGAACUUCAGCAGUGAACAGUGCGAAGACGGUGUGGUCGGCAUUCAAGGGCAGUCUUUGAGAAUUUUUUCAAUAGAUCGCCUGGGAGAGACUCUAAUUCAGAGUUCGAUCCCACUUACAUAUACGCCAAAGAAGUUUGUCAAGCACCCAGAUGAACCGCUCUUUUAUACGAUAGAAGCAGACAAUCACACAUUACCCCCGGAUCUGCAGGCCAAGCUGUUGGCAGACCCUGCUGUGGUCAACGGCGACGCCAAGGUACUACCACCUGAAGACUUUGGUCACCCUAGGGGCAACCGUCGCUGGGCAUCUUGCAUCAGUGUAGUCGAUCCAGCGUCCGAAGAGCCGAGCGUGCUGCAAAGGGUGGAUUUUGAGAACAACGAGGCUGCUGUCAGUGCGGCUGUUGUGAGCUUCGCAAGCCAGGACAAUGAAAGUUUUCUGGUUGUAGGCACUGGAAAGGAUAUGAUCGUCAACCCACGAAGUUCGUCCGAGGCCUACAUCUACAUUUAUCGCUUCCAAGAGGGUGGCCGCGAACUCGAGUUCAUUCACAAGACGAAGAUAGAAGAGCCAGCAAUGGCCUUGUUGCCGUUCCAGGGCAAGCUGUUGGCGGGCAUCGGCAAGACACUGCGCAUGUACGAUUUGGGUAUGCGCCAGCUGCUUCGCAAAGCUCAGGCUGAGGUUGUACCUCAGCAAAUUGUGUCGCUCAAUACCCAAGGAAACCGCAUUGUGGUGGGUGAUGUCCAGCAAGGUGUAACAGCCGUCGUUUACAAACCCGGUUCAAACAAGCUUAUUCCGUUUGUCGACGACAACAUUGCUCGCUGGACCACAUGCACGACCAUGGUGGAUUACGAAUCAGUUGCAGGCGGUGACAAAUUUGGCAAUAUGUUUAUUGUCCGUACCCCUGCCAAGGCCAGCGAAGAGGCGGAUGAAGACCAGGCUGGGUUGCAUCUUGUCAAUGCGCGUGACUACCUGCACGGCACGCAGCAUCGUGUUGAGCUGAUGUGUCAUUUCUUUACCCAAGACGUUCUCACCAGCAUCAACAAGACCAGUCUGGUUGUCGGAGGACAAGAUGUCCUGCUUUGGAGCGGUAUUAUGGGAACUAUCGGUAUCUUCAUCCCCUUUGUGAGUCGUGAAGACGCCGACUUUUUCCAAAGCCUGGAACUGCACCUCCGCACAGAGGACGCCCCUCUUGCUGGACGAGAUCACCUCAUGUACCGUAGCUACUAUGCGCCGGUCAAGGGCGUGAUUGAUGGAGACUUGUGCGAACGAUUUGCCAUUUUGCCGAACGACAAGAAGCAGAUGAUUGCUGGAGAACUAGAUCGCUCUGUCCGCGAGAUUGAGCGAAAGAUUUCUGAUAUCCGCACGAGAUCGGCCUUUUAA